AUGGAUCGCAAGGUGGUCCGAAACGAAUAUCCCCGUCCUCUGAGACUCCAGGACGUCCCACCACGACUCAUCGAACUCCAACAAAAGCUGAACGAGUUGCACGAAGAGCUCAAUUCCGUACAAGAAGGACACACGCCCAUACAAGAAUCUCUAAUAACCGAAAUAAAAUCUGCAAGCCACAAUAUUGACCGAGAACUUGACGAGCUCCGGAAGGAAGUUGAGACGCGACGAAGAGAAACCAAGAUCAGACUCUUUGCAUUUCUAUCCUGGGCGGAUCAGAAUCACAAUCCAAGUGCAGCAGACAAGAACCUCUCUGAUCUGAGCGUGCUUGGUCUCGGUGCAGAUGUUGUCGCAGACGCUCAGAUGCUCAAAGUGACUGGUCUCAAGGAAUGUGAGCUCUUCAAUGAAAUUUACUCCUGUUCAGUGUCGGUUGCGCAGCGUCUCCAAACUGAUCAAAUGACCGACGUGCUUAAGGUCGUUGAUGUCGCCGCAGAUUGCAGACUUAUGCAAAGAUUUCAGGCCGAAAGUGUGAUGCUUCCCGGGGAACAGGCGGCAUUUGCCCGUCUGAAGGCUUGUCUCGACGAAAUCGAUCCGGAGCAUAGCAUACCAGUUGCGGAGGUUAUGAAAAUGAAGGGCAUCUGUGAAGAGUUCCGGGCAGUUUCGAAAUAG